AUGCCCUCCACCGAGAAUGGCAGCGCCCUGAAUACAGUUACUACGACUACCCCUCCGACUAGCUGGUCCAACACAUCCAUGCUCGCUCAGUCCGCCCCUUCUUCCAAGGCCUCUGACCAUGCCCCAGUGACAAUCGUUGCAUCCAUGGACAGUAUCCAGGACGGCGACUUUCGAUUCAUGAUCAAGGCCAUCCUUCUAUCAAUUACAAUUCUCGCCGAGCUAUGGCUCGUGUCAGACUUUGUAAAUAACUUCCUCAUGAUCCUCGUCGUCAUUGUCCUACUAUGGACAGUAUGCGGUGGACAUGCAUCUCUGUGUGCAGUCAAACGUGCAUCAGCAACUCCAAACACCUCUCCGCCCGUCACCAAGGACAUGGGGCCAUGGCUUUCGAACGUCAUUACUGCUCCGCUCAUCGAAGUCAUUGAGGUUGUGGACUUUCCCAUCGGAAUCGCGGAAGUUGUGGACUUCUCCGAGAUGGAAGCAGACUACAUCUCUCCCGUUUCUACCCCCUUGACCGCAGCAUUGCUCUGCGACACUGAAGACGAUCAGGGUUUAAUCGCCUGCAUGAAUCGAAUUGUCCAUGCUAUACAUCACGUCUGCGUGCACGAGCUCACCACAGCUCACAGCAUAGCCGAAGAGGCUGAAAAUGUCUUCCAUCUUAAUGAGGAGCAAAAGGUGGCCCUUGCCCUCCGCAACGAGACCCGUGCUCAAGGCGAUGUCUUUCAAGGACUUCCUGUUUCUCAUGCGCGCAUCGACAGCGCCCACAUAUUGGACUACCUUGUGAAUGAGCAUGGGAAUUCAAGUUUCAAGGAGAGCUAUACCGCUAUGGCCAACGCUCAGAAGUGUUUUGAAAACCACCACAUAGAUGGAGGCGAGAUCUUCUAUGAUAUGAACGCAUCAGUGGCUAGUCAGUGUGACUGGGAGCUCUGCUCACUGGGACGCUCCGUCUUCGGUGAUGCCAGCGACAUGAGAUUUAUGCUGGACCAUUUGAGAGAUGAGCUUCCUGCUGAGUUUGUCCAAGAAUUCGAACAGUCGCCUUUUGAGUCGCGCUACCGUGGACGCGACCGCAUUACGAAUGCCAACUUCUGGCAUAAUCAACUUACUCUGCAGUGGUAUAAGAUCAAGACUGCGAAUACAGCUAUGCCGGUUGAGAAUUGGGACGAUACUAUUAGGGCUGAACACGAUCGUUACUGUGAUUACGAGAACACAAAGUUGUCGCAGUUGCAGAAGAAUCUGGACGCCCGUCCCGGGAACACUCAGUCUCCGAAUCAGAACCACAUUUUGAAAUGGCUUUUCAGCAUGGACGAGUGCCAGCAACUCGAUCCAAACGCGUUUGACACCUGUGAUUGCGGCGUCAAGGCCGUUGUCGAACUCAAAGUAUAUCGCGACAAGGUCGAACAUGGCCUCAUCCCCGCAAGCUUCUUCCUGCAGGAAUUUCCUAUUUCCUACGCUCCGCAAGAAGUUGUCACUGCUCGAUGGAAUAUGAAGGAUGAAAGCAAAGAAACAACCGACGAUGAUUGCAUCCCUCGAUGCCAGAAGAUCCUCCUAGGCUGCAAGCUCCAUGAGAUAGUCUCCCAACAACAUCUUUGUCUUGAUCAACACUUCAGUCGACGACAUAAACAACCGCAUCAGCGAUCCAGAAGGUCUACUUCCUGCUCCUGGCCAGAUGGUUUCGACCAAGUUCCCGUUCGGAUAUCACACGGCAGCCGCGCUUCCUGA